GAGGAGGAGGCCCUCGACGGAGCCGGCGCCGUAAGCCCAAGGGAGGCCCGGGGGCGUCGCCCGGAGAGAGCGAGCGAGAGAGAGGCACACAGGGCCCGGAAGGCAGCCCCUGAGCACCCACCUCCGACCCUCGAGUUGAGAAUAUGAAACAGGUGUCAAAAUGACAUCCAGGUUUGGGAAGACGUAUAGCAGAAAAGGGGGCAAUGGCAGUUCAAAAUUUGAUGAAGUUUUUUCCAACAAACGGACCACCCUUAGUACAAAAUGGGGAGAAACUACCUUUAUGGCCAAGCUAGGACAGAAGAGGCCCAACAUCAAGCCAGACAUUUCUGAAAUUCCUAAAAAACCCAAAGUAGAAGAGGAAGUAAUAGAAGAUCCGUUUGGAUUUGACAGCGAUGAAGAAUCGCUGCCAGUAUCUUCAAAGAACGUGUCACAGGCUAAAGGUUCUUCUCAGUUGGAGUCUGUUGAAGCAUCUCAAUCUGGAGACCUCACUUCUGCACUUGAAUCAAAUAGCAAAAUUACUCAGUCCGUCAAUGAAGACAUGCUGUCCAUCAAAUGGAUCAUGGAGGAUGGUAAAAUCAAAGGCAACAGUGCUGUUCCUGUCAUUGCAGAUACAGUAGAAAAUUUUAGUGAGGACAAUGAGAACAGUCACUUCAUCUACAAGAAUGCUGACGACAAUAAUACAAUUAAUGCUGGAAUAACAGAAAUCUCUGGGUACAACAUUGAAGUCAAGGAAUCAUCUGAUUCUUGGGACUCCCAUAUUGAGAAGAAAGACUCGUUAUCAGAAGCCUCACAUCCUAAAGAAUCAUUAUUAACUGACUUAUAUGAAUGGGAAGAUGAAAAUGAGGAUACCCGAAGAGGAGAAUAUUUGUUAGGUUUUGAUGAUGAAUCCCUUUCAGAAAUAAAAAACAAGGAUGAAGAUCUAGUCAAAGAAGAACUGGAGACUCCAAAGGAAACCAUUAGUGAAGAACUGAUGCAAACCGUUCUCAGGCCAAGUAAUUGUCGGACAUACUGUAGAUCUAACAAAACAAAAUCACAGGGAAUGACAAAUUUUGAUAAGCUACUGGAUGGCACUCUUGAGCCUCUAGCCAAAGCAAAUAGUGAUUCAAAUACUGAUGGUUUCAACCCAGUAAGAAAAGUUGCUUUAAGCAGUGGGACCAGUUUUAGAGGGACAGUUGGAAGGACUAGAGACUACACUGUUCUUCAUCCAUCAUGCUUAUCGGUGUGUAAUGUUACAAUACAAGACACAAUGGAUCGUAUUGAUGAAUUUGCCACAGCUGCACCUACUGAUCUGGGAGAAGCAGGACGUCUCAGAAAGAAAGCUGACAUGGCUACAACAAAGGCUACUACUAGAUUUCGACCUAGCAAUACCAAAUCCAAAAAAGAUGUCAAAUUGGAAUUUUUUGGUUUUGAUGACAAUGAUGAAGGAGGGGGUGGUGAAGGUGGAUCUAGAACCUCUGGAAGCUCAAACUAUAAAAUUAAAUACUUUGGUUUUGAUGAUUUAAGUGAAAGUGAGGAUGAUGAUGAAGAUCGGCAGUUAGAAAGGAAAAUUAAUAAAAGAAGAACAGCACCAUCUUCUUCCUCACUUCAGUCCAGUUCUGAUGGAAGUGAGAACUAUUCACAAGACAGCCAAUCAAGCAGUAAUCCAGGCUGUCUUGGAAAUCUAAAGAACAAAUCCUCAGACUUAGUAACUGCCUCUGCCUUUCUGGAAAAAAAUCAAGAGCUAUUGGAUUUUCCAGAAGAUCUAUCCAGUGUUCCUGAAAGCAAUAAGAAAUCCACAAAUUCUCAAGGUGAUAAAUCUAAGGAAAACACAAGAAAAAUAUUUAGUGGACCAAAGAGGUCACCAACAAAGGCUGUAUACAAUGCUAGGCAUUGGAAUCAGCCAGAAUCUGAGACUCUUCCAGCACCACAAGUGUUGAAAAAUCCAAGUGUCCCAGUAAGACUAUCUUCUAAGGAGGCAAUUCAUAAAGAUGAUGGAGUGUUUAAAGCUCCUGCACCACCUCCCAAAGUGAUCAAAACUGUGACCUUACCCACUCAGCCCUAUCAGGAGAUAGUAACUGCCUUGAAAUGUAGGAAAGAAGACAAAGAACUAUACACUGUUGUUCAACAUGUGAAGCACUUCAAUGAUGUAGUAGAAUUUGGAGAGAAUCAAGAGUUCACAGAUGACAUUGAAUACUUGUUAAGUGGACUGAAGAGCAAUCAGCCCCUAAACACCCGUUGCCUUAGUGUUAUCAGUCUGGCGACAAAGUGCGCCAUGCCCAGCUUCCGGAUGCAUUUGAGAGCACAUGGAAUGGUAGCUAUGGUGUUCAAAACACUGGAUGACUCACAACAUCACCAGAACUUAUCACUUUGUACAGCAGCUUUAAUGUAUAUCUUGAGCAGAGAUCGUUUGAACAUGGAUCUAGAUAGAGCCAGUUUAGAUCUAAUGAUUCGGCUUCUGGAACUAGAGCAAGACUCUUCAUCCAAGUUGUUCAAUGAGAAGGAUAUGAACAAAAUUAAGGAAAAAAUCAGAAGACUCUGUGAAACUGUUCACAACAAACACCUUGAUCUAGAAAAUAUAACGACUGGUCAUCUUGCCAUGGAAACGUUGCUAUCUCUUACUUCAAAACGAGCAGGAGACUGGUUUAAAGAAGAGCUACGACUUCUUGGUGGUCUUGAUCAUAUUGUAGAUAAAGUUAAAGAAUGUGUGGAUCACUUAAGCAGUGAUGAAAAUGAAGAGAAAUUGGUUGCUUCAUUAUGGGGAGCAGAAAGAUGUUUACGGGUUUUAGAAAGUGUAACAGUCCAUAAUCCAGAGAAUCAAAGUUACUUGAUAGCAUAUAAGGAUUCACAGCUCAUAGUCUCUUCAGCUAAAGCAUUGCAGCAUUGUGAGGAGCUGAUCCAGAGAUACAACCGUGCUGAAGACACCAUCUGUCUUCCAGACAGUAAGCCGCUGCCUCACCAGAAUGUAACAAACCAUGUGGGUAAGGCAGUAGAAGACUGUAUGAGAGCUAUCAUUGGCGUCUUACUCAAUUUAACAAAUGAUAAUGAGUGGGGUAGCACUAAAACUGGUGAGCAAGAUGGCCUUAUCAGCACAGCUCUGAAUUGUGUGCUUCAGGUUCCAAAGUUCCUACCUCAAGAACAGAGAUUUGACAUUCGGGUUCUGGGAUUGGGCCUCCUGAUCAAUUUGGUAGAAUACAGUGCAAGAAAUAGACAUUGUCUUGUUAAUAUGGAAACAUCAUGUUCUUUUGAUUCCUUCUGUUUGGGAGAAGCCGAUGAAAGCAUAACUACAUCUGGACAGAUGGCUGCUGUUCAAGCUUUAGUACAGUUGUUCCUUGAGCGUGAGCGAGCAGCCCAGUUGGCAGAGAGUCAAACGGAUGAGCUGAUUAAAGAAGCUCCAACAGCACAACAUGACAAGAGUGGGGAGUGGCAGGAGACAAGUGGAGAAAUCCAGUGGGUCUCGACAGAAAAGCCAGAGAAUGCAGAGGAAAAGGAAAAGAAAGAAGAAGAUGAGGAAGAGCUGGAUCUGAAUAAAGCCCUUCAGCAUGCCGGGAAACACAUGGAAGAUUGCAUUGUAGCCUCAUACACAGCAUUGCUUCUGGGAUGCCUCUGCCAGGAGAGUCCAAUCAAUGUGACUAGUGUGAGGACAUAUUUACCAGAAGGGGAUUUCUCAAUCAUGACAGAAAUGCUCAAAAAGUUUCUUAGUUUUAUGAACCUUACUUGUGCUGUCGGAACAACAGGCCAGAAAUCUAUCUCUAGAGUGAUUGAAUACUUGGAACAUUGCUAGAUACUCAAGUUCUGCAGCUGGCACUUGAAUGCUGGAGCUCUACUCUUUAGAUAAAGGAAGAAGUUGUGAAAGAAGUUGUUGAGGAUGCACCAAGAGCAUUCAUCAGUCUCAUUCGUAUUUGGAUUUUUAAGGCUACCUGGUCUCUUAAACAUACACUCAGCAUUUUAUGAAAGACAGUUACCACAUCAAUCUGCAACUAUCAAAAAUGAGAGGAAAAACAUCUGAGGAAAGUAAAUCAAGAAUUUAUGGUGUUUAUAAUAAUGCAGAGAGCAGUAUUUAAAUACAUUUGGCAGGGGUUACUCUCCAUCUUUAUUUUUCUGGCUUUGUUUGUGACAACUUUAAAGGGGACAAACUUGCUGCUGGUAGUGCAACUGCUGUUUUACUGUUGAGCCACUGUUUUUCAUGCCAGCCAGGUGCAAAGGCAGCUUUAGCUACUGAAGUAUCAAAUCUUCUAAUAAAGAUGCUCUGGGCAGCACCAUUGCUCUGAUUUGAGUUUAAUUUGCUCUUGCUUUUUAAAGAGAUUAUUCCAAAUCAUAAAAAAUAGAAAAUUUUUAAAUACUUUUUUGUGAUUUUAACUACUGUCUAUAUUUAAAAUGUGUUGGAAUCCAAAGAGGUUGAGGCUUGGAUAGUUUAUUUUUUAUACUGUUUUGAUUGAAAAAUUGGGUUGUUGGAAACUACUUCUCAGUUUUUAAAACUGUUGUGGCCUAUGUACUGUAAACUGAUUGACCAUAACACUUCAUAGCUCUUAAGAGAGGCAUGCAGGAAGAAAACUCCUCCCAGCUAAUGGCUGUAUCUAUAUUUUUUUAAUAAUGCAGUAACUGUAAAACAUGCCCUGUUUAAAGGAGAAUAUGAAACAAAGUCCAAUGCCAGGGUAGUUUACACUUCUUAAUAAGCAAAAACAUUUAAAUGCUAUCAGUUUUGUUUCAAGAAAUAAAUGUGGAGCAGAGCUAAAACACCAAUGGGGAUUAAUGUUUCCAGUUGACGUAAUCUUUCUAUUUCUUCUUUAGUAUUGCGCAGGUAAAUGCAUACAAUACAAAGCCUUAAAUAGCUGAAUAUAGCGAAAAUUUUGUUCUGUGUGGGGUCUGGUUCACAGCAAAGGAUUGUGUUGAGACUUUAUUGGAACAAAAAUCCCUGCAAAUACCUUUCCUUUCCUUUCUUUCUUUGGAGGUUUUGAGCAUUAGUGACUUUUAUUGCACUCAUUGUUUCAACUAACAGAACUGUUCAUAAUUUUUAUUAAGCUGGUCUUGAAUAGUCACAAAACUUCUCGAAACAUUUGUGUAACAGACACUUUUCACAUUUCCUGUGUAGGUAGUUGCAUCAUGUUACUUCAUUGAAUUUGUAAAACUUGAAGCCAUAAAAAUAUUAGUUCUGUGUAUAAUGAGGGGUGAGAGAAAUAACAGAAAAUCUAACCUGCUUUUUGGAUCUUGUGUUAUAUCUCCAUGUAUAAAGUUACAGACUUGUGCUUUUGUAUCAGUGCCAGCUGUAUUUUUUUUACAUACAGUGGCUGCCUUCUAUGUCUUCCUAUUUUUGAUAAUGCAGAUUGCUGGGAAUUCAGUAAGGAAGUAAAUGAGUAGACGCAAAAUCCUAUAUUGGUCCUACUUUUUUGUUUUGUUUUUUCUCAUCACCUGAAAAGGAAUUUCCACACAUCCAAUAAGGUACCAGUGUAACUGAGAAAGAUGCUGAGGCUAUGUUUGCCCUUGGAUGGAAAACCUUCCAUAUGAAAAGGUAGUUAAACUUAUUAAAACCGUACGUGUAAAUUAUUUUUGAGAUACAAGAUUUCCUGGAUAUAUAUUUUUUGGCAUUUUAGUUUUAACAAUGUUAGAGCAAUGGCUUCCAUUUUUAGCUGGACUUCACGUAGAUUUAAGUUGGGCUUUUUCUGUUUAUGCACAGUGGCAAGGGAUGAUUAAAAUUUGAUGCAAUGAUGGGGGAAUCAGGAAGGAAUGAUACUUCUCUGUUACACUGGUAAUGGUCUGAAUGAGAAUUGAUUAAACUCUUGUGUUGACAUAGUUUUUAAAUUAACAAGCACUGAAACAUGCAGACUAGUUGGUUUUUAUGUGGGGAGGGUCUGAAGACCUUCAGCCUGCGGUCUUGUUAAACCCUCAUCAAACACUGCAUUUGAAUGGGUACUUGAGGCCAACUGUCAGAUUUAAAGUUUUAAAGUAACUUUUUUCCACUGUAAAUACAUGUAAAUAAGCGCAAUUGGAGACUAGAAUAGUAGAGUACUUUUCUGAAUCCAAUCCUAUUUUUAUUUUAUACAGUAUUUCUCAGCUGUGAUCUUUGGAGCAAAAGCCAACGGCAGGAAUAAUAGUUUGUACCAGUUUCAUGAAGUAUGUCUUUUGGUUUUUGUAAAUAAUUUUAACUCGAAUAAAAAUUGCUACUUUCAAUACA